UGUUGCCACGACGGCUCGGAAAACUGGCUGUGCGACUCAGCGUACUACUUCCGCGUUACGCACCUGCGCCAGGUAGGGCUCGACUGGAACUGGACGCACCUGCAGCGCAGAGAGAGACACCAGAGUCCACCUCGAAGAAAGCUCAGGAUUUGUUUUUGUUUUUUCAGUCUGAAGUACUGAAAAGGGGUUUAUUUUUGGCCUGGAAAGGGCAGUCAUGAGUGGGGAUUAUGGAAUUUGUGAACUGGCCGUGGUGUCAUUACGGGACAACGAGAACGAACCGGACUAUGAAAUUCAGUUCACUCAUGAAGGACACAUAAACACGACAGACCUGCGCUCCAAACAACCCGAAGACUCUCAAAUAGCCAUUUUCGAGAGCAAAUUUGGUUACACUAAUGGCACGGCGAGUGUGGGGUCUCCUACAGAUGCGUCCGGCACUGGUGUUGACCCGACGGUGUGCUCGGCGCAUGGGGUUGAUGUGGACCGGUACUGUCGGACAGAAGGGAGACCGGUUUGUGAAAAGUGUGUUAAUCAAGGAGCUUGUCGAAAUCACACAGUGAUUUCGCUGCAUUUACGAGCGACGGCUGUAAGGAAUCAGCUGGUGGACGUCUGUGAGACAAUGCAGCUGCAGGCCCUGCAGAUAGAGCGCUUCAUAAACAACACACUGACUGCUAAGGACAAGGCCUUGCAGACGGAGGCGAGUAGUGCCCGUGAGCGAGUCGUGGCUCAGGUGAACGCCGUACGUGAAGCCCUAGAUGAGGAGGAGCAGCGUCUGCUGGAGGCUGUGCAGAGAGAGGAAGAGCGAAUAGAGCAGUGCCUCCUCACACAGCGGGCGCACUGGAGCAAAGCGCUCAACACCCUCACACAUGCCCGUACCAGCCUGGUGCACAUGCUCACAAACUCGACAGACAUCAUGCUUGUGAACACGGACACGGAAAUAUCAGACAGGAUCGAGGAGGCAGAAGGUGUUGGAGUGCCCAAAGACUCGGAGCACCUGAAUAUGAACAGGGACUGCAGUGAUAGUAAACUCAUGCUGGGCAUGUGGGCUAGUGCGCUGCUGCUAGGACCGACCGCUACAGCUCGGAUGUACUUUGAUGAGCGCACCGUCAGCCAUCUCCUUCUGCUCUCCUCUGACCAGCUCACCCUCACUUACCGGCCAAAACGGCAGAAGAAGCCUCUCCCGUAUGACCCGGCUCGUUUUGACAACUGGCCCAAUGCCCUCUGCCUCGACCCCUUCAGUUCGGGCACGCACGCCUGGGUGAUGUACGUGGGCGACAGCACUGCCUUUAAAGUGGGCGUGUGCUACCGUAGCAUGGAACGCAAAGGCUCGACUAACGAAUCUCGUCUAGGCUUCAACGCCAAAUCGUGGGUGCUCUCGCACUACGAAGAAAACUAUUCCUACUGCCACAACGGGCAGGUCGUCAACGUGGUCGUAGUGAAAAGUCCCACGAAAGUGGGAGUUCUUCUGGACUGGCCCACACAAACACUGCUGUUCUACGAUCCAGACUCAAAGUGUGUGUUGCACGCUGUAAGGGACACUUUCACCGAGCCGCUGCUGCCUGCCUGCGCUGUGGCUGAUCGAAGCCUGUCGAUUUUGCACUGCUAAUAUGUCAAAAAUGGAGGGUGAACGAAUGCGUUGCCUGGUUCUGCUAUCUCCACAGUCUCUCUCUGCAGUGCAGGCGUGGCUGCUGGUAUUUAAAAAUAAUUAAGAGAUGAGAUUUGAGCAUGGCAGUGAAUAUGUAGCAUUAGUGCAUACAGUAGAAAGAGUAAUAUAUCCAAACAAACUUGCGUGAAUGGCAGGGAUAAGGACUUGUGGAGGAUUUGGUGUAACUUUCGAAGGUAUUAAAAUAUCUGAAAAAUCUCACAUAUGUUCUAAUUGGGUAUGAAGUAUAUUUUUACCAGUUUAAUAUUUCAGAUGAAAUAUUUAGGCUAUUUUUUGGAAGCAUUUCUUUUGAAGAAUUGUCUGUAUUGUUACAGAUUUGAAUAUAUAGUAGUUGUCGGUCAUGGUAAUGAUGUCAAUAUGAAAAAUGGUUGAGAAGUGAACUGAAAUGAAGUGAUACAACAUUUGUGCAUCAUGUAGUUGAUGUUUCUACUUGAUCGAUUCGGAAAGGGUAAAAAUAUUUUCUAUUUAUUACCUUAUUUGAAUGUAGACAGAUAACGACUGUCGUUUAACAAGCGUAAAUUAAAUCGAUUGUAUUAUUUUGCUGAGUUUUAUGCUGGAAUCUUUCUUCUAUCUUCUUCUUCUUUCGGCUUUACCCUUCAGGGGCGGCCACAGUGAAUCGUCUCUCUCCACCUAUCCCUAUCUUCUGCAUCUUCAACACUUGCACCCACUAGGUUCAUAUCCUCAUUUAUUCCAUCCAUAUACUUCCUCUUUGGCCUUCCUCUUUGCCUCCUGCCUCCAUGGCAGCUCCAUGUCCAACAUUCUCCUACCAAUAUACUCACUCUACUUCCUCUGAAAAUGUCCAAACCAUCUUAAUCUGUCCUCCCUAACUUUGUCCCUCAAACAUCCAACAUGAGCCAUCCCUCUGAUGUACUCGUUCAUAAUCCUGUCCAACCCUGUCACUCCCGAAGAGAACCUCAACAUCUUCAGCUCUGCUACCUCCAGCUCUGACUCCUGUCUCUGUCUCAGUGACACUGUCUCUAAACCAUACAGCAUGGCCGGUCUCACCACUGUCCUGUACACCUUCCCCUUGAUUCUCGCUGAAAUUUUUUUCUCUAUAUUUUUCCUUUAUGACACGAUAUGAUCCAGUAUAUAUCUCAAGAUAUAUUUUUAAUGCAUCGACAUUGCACAUUACUACGAGUAAAGAUUUACUAAGCAUGCAUUACAUUUAUUUUCUAUUAAGAAAAUAUUUCUGUCAGACAUUUUAGGAACGAAUGCAGUCGUUCUAACUUGGAAAUAAGGUAAUAAAAUCCUACGAGUGGUGUUUGUUUGAUACCGUUAUGGAGUCUGUUCAUGCGUCUUAUGUUCGCUGUCAUCAACUUCAUGCAGAAAUAAGGAAAAAAAGCAAAACAUAUGGUUGCUGGAAUGCCAUCAUGAUGUUUAGGCAUAUAGCAUGUUUAUAAUGCUUACAUAAAUUAGUGUCAGGAUUGUAUCACGGAGUGUGUUAUGUGUAAACGGAUUUGUUUGACGUUUUAUGUAACCAUGUUGUUGGUUUUUUUUAUUUGUUUAUUUUGUCCUAUUUGUUCUGGGUUUUUAUUUUUAUCUGCUGCCCAGGGACAGAAGAUGCAAAUGAGUCAUUUGGCUAAAUCAUAACUCCUGAUGUCGUUGAAUGUGUCUUAUCUGUGUUAAUAAAGUCAAAUGCAAGCUAACAUCAGCACAUCCCAGUCCCUGA